AUGAUUGUGCUAUUAUUCUUUGCCUUGCUCUGGAUGGUGGAAGGAGUCUUUUCCCAGCUUCACUACACAGUGCAGGAGGAGCAGGAACAUGGCACUUUCGUGGGGAAUAUCGCUGAAGAUCUGGGCUUGGACAUUACAAAACUUUCAGCUCGCAGGUUUCAAACGGUGCCCAACUCGCGGACCCCUUACUUGGACCUCAACCUGGAGACCGGGGUGCUGUACGUGAACGAGAAGAUCGACCGCGAGCAAAUCUGCAAGCAGAGCCCGUCCUGCGUCCUGCACCUGGAGGUCUUCCUGGAGAACCCCCUCGAGCUCUUCCGUGUGGAGAUCGAAGUGCUGGACAUCAAUGACAACCCCCCCUCCUUCCCGGAGCCGGACCUGACUGUGGAGAUCUCUGAGAGCGCCACGCCGGGCACCCGCUUCCCGCUGGAGAGCGCAUUCGACCCAGACGUGGGCACCAACUCCUUGCGCGACUACGAAAUCACCCCCAACAGCUACUUCUCCCUGGACGUGCAGACCCAGGGGGAUGGCAACCGAUUCGCCGAGCUGGUGCUAGAGAAGCCGCUGGACCGAGAGCAGCAAGCGGUGCACCGCUACGUGCUGACCGCGGUGGACGGGGGAGGAGGGGGAGGAGGAGGAGAAGGAGGGGGAGGCGGCGGGGGAGGGGGCCUGCCCCCCCAACAGCAGCGCACCGGCACUGCCCUACUCACCAUCCGAGUGCUGGACUCCAACGACAACGUCCCCGCCUUCGACCAACCCGUCUACACUGUGUCUCUACCAGAGAACUCGCCGCCGGGCACGCUCGUAAUCCAGCUCAACGCCACAGACCCAGAUGAGGGCCAGAAUGGCGAAGUCGUGUAUUCCUUCAGCAGCCACAUUUCGCCCCGGGCGCGGGAGCUCUUUGGACUCUCCCCGCGCACUGGCCGGCUGGAGGUGAGCGGAGAGCUAGACUAUGAAGAGAGCCCGGUGUACCAAGUGUACGUACAAGCCAAGGACCUGGGCCCCAACGCGGUGCCCGCGCACUGCAAGGUGCUUGUGCGAGUACUGGAUGCUAACGACAACGCUCCGGAGAUCAGCUUCAGCACGGUGAAGGAGGCGGUGAGCGAGGGCGCGGCGCCCGGGACCGUGGUGGCCCUGUUCAGCGUGACCGACCGCGACUCCGAGGAGAAUGGGCAGGUGCAGUGCGAGCUGCUGGGGGAUGUGCCGUUCCGCCUCAAGUCUUCCUUCAAGAACUACUAUACGAUCGUGACCGAAGCCCCCCUGGACCGAGAGGCCGGGGACUCCUACACCCUGACCGUUGUGGCUCGGGACCGGGGCGAGCCGGCGCUCUCCACCAGUAAGUCGAUCCAGGUGCAAGUGUCAGAUGUGAACGACAACGCACCGCGGUUUAGCCAGCCGGUCUACGACGUGUAUGUGACCGAGAACAACGUGCCCGGCGCCUAUAUCUACGCGGUAAGCGCCACAGACCGCGACGAGGGCGCCAACGCCCAGCUAGCCUACUCUAUCCUCGAGUGCCAGAUCCAGGGCAUGAGCGUCUUCACUUACGUGUCCAUCAACUCUGAGAACGGCUACUUGUACGCCCUGCGCUCCUUCGAUUACGAGCAGCUCAAGGACUUCAGCUUCCAGGUGGAAGCUCGGGACGCCGGCAGCCCCCAGGCUCUGGCCGGCAACGCCACCGUCAACAUCCUCAUCGUGGACCAGAACGACAACGCCCCUGCCAUCGUGGCGCCCCUGCCUGGGCGCAACGGGACUCCAGCGCGGGAGGUGCUGCCCAGGUCGGCGGAGCCAGGCUACCUGCUGACCCGCGUGGCCGCAGUGGACGCAGACGACGGCGAGAACGCCCGGCUCACCUACAGCAUUGUGCGAGGCAACGAAAUGAACCUCUUCCGCAUGGACUGGCGCACCGGGGAACUCCGCACCGCGCGCCGGGUGCCGGCCAAGCGCGACCCCCAGCGGCCUUACGAGCUGGUGAUCGAGGUGCGCGACCACGGGCAGCCGCCCCUGUCCUCCACUGCCACACUGGUGGUGCAGCUGGUGGAUGGAGCCGUGGAGCCCCAGGGAGGGGGCGGGGGCGGUAGCGGGGGGUCAGGGGAGCAUCAGCGCCCCAGCCGCUCCGGCGGCGCGGAGACCUCGCUGGACCUCACCCUCAUCCUCAUCAUUGCGCUGGGCUCGGUGUCUUUCAUAUUCCUGCUAGCCAUGAUCGUGCUUGCCGUGCGUUGCCAAAAAGAGAAGAAGCUGAACAUCUACACCUGUCUGGCCAGUGACUGCUGCCUCUGCUGCUGCUGCUGUGGCGGUGGGGGCUCGACCUGCUGCGGCCGCCAAGCCCGGGCGCGCAAGAAAAAACUCAGCAAGUCGGACAUCAUGCUUGUGCAAAGCUCCAACGUACCCAGUAACCCGGCCCAAGUGCCGGUGGAGGAGUCCGGGGGCUUUGGCUCCCACCACCACAACCAGAAUUACUGCUACCAGGUCUGCCUGACUCCUGAGUCCGCCAAGACCGACCUGAUGUUCCUUAAGCCCUGCAGCCCAUCGCGGAGUACGGACACUGAGCACAACCCCUGCGGGGCCAUCGUCACCGGCUACACAGACCAGCAGCCCGACAUCAUCUCCAACGGAAGCAUUUUGUCCAACGAGACUAAACACCAGCGAGCAGAGCUCAGCUAUCUAGUUGACAGACCUCGCCGAGUUAACAGUUCUGCAUUCCAGGAAGCUGACAUAGUAAGCUCUAAGGACAGUGGUCAUGGAGACAGUGAACAAGGAGAUAGUGAUCACGAUGCCACCAACCGCGGCCAGUCAGCUGGCAUGGAUCUCUUCUCCAACUGUACUGAGGAAUGUAAAGCGCUGGGCCAUUCAGAUCGGUGCUGGAUGCCUUCUUUUGUCCCUGCGGAUGGACGCCAGGCUGCGGAUUAUCGCAGCAAUCUGCAUGUUCCUGGCAUGGACUCUGUUCCAGACACUGAGGUGUUUGAAACUCCAGAAGCCCAGCCUGGGGCGGAGAGGUCUUUCUCCACCUUUGGCAAAGAGAAGGCCCUUCACAGCACCCUGGAGAGGAAGGAGCUGGAUGGACUGCUGUCUAAUACACGAGCGCCUUACAAACCACCAUAUUUGAAGAUCUGGAGGCAGCUCUGUGGUGAGACCCACGCGGCGCGAGAUCAAGGCCUCUCAACAAACACAUGA